CAUGUGCAUGUUCUCCCAGCGCAGGCAAGGAAACUUGGACAGCUGCAUCCACCUGCAGUCUGCAAGCCCUUGUCAUGCCAUGGCCUUGCAGUCAACUGAGGCAGCCCUGUAGCUGUAGCAUGUGCCUGACGUAGUAGAAAAAUCGACGGAAUUUGAAUGGCAAAGGUGCGACGUCGACAGUAUUUAUCGUCUUUCCUCGUCUUCCACUCCAGCUUCCAUCAUCAGCUCUCACGGUCCUCCGGAAGCUUCAUCGUCUGCUCCCCUAUUCCCUGCCGGAACACCAGCGCGCUAGCAAGCAAGCAGAAAAGCCAGUUUGCAUUGUACAACUCGUCCACCGUGCGAUUGUCCUCGAUUACCUGCUCUAAAACCUUCGGUUUCCCCGUCUCGCCUCUAAGACAUUUACUUGGUAAGUUGCAAAAAGGCUACGUAGCUAUUCGUACCAAACAGCCAUCGGCACAAUAGCCACAAUACCGACGAUUGCUGCUUUCUGGAGCUUUCGAGAACAAGCUUUCUGCAAAGGCAAAACGGCAACAUCAAACCUCCAAACUUGGGCCACGAACUGGCUGUGCACAGUUGACUGCUCCACAGUAGUGUCCGCCCACCACCCACCUGCGACUUCCCGGGUUGCGUUGCGUAAGGGUACCCAUUCGGUAGGGUACGGUAGGGUACAGAUAGGAAACCUUUGAGCUUCAGCUAGGCAACUUUGGCAGCUUGGCUUAGGAAACAAAAAGGAACGAAUGCUCCUGCUCCACUCCCAACCCCGCAGAUCCUGACCCUCCAGUCUUCGAGGUCCAUACCUAACCUCCAUUCACCUAGUACACUCCACCAGUCCCUCCAUCAUCGUUCCGAAAGUUCCUUUCAACCUCCUACAAUAUACAACCCACCACCUGCUCUCUCCCAAAAUCCUAUUCUACAGCUCAUGAUUGCGCAAUUUGGCAGCACCCCGUUGUCCUUUUUGUUUUCUGUUCUGCGACCUGGACCUGAUCGACCCCUCAAACUUCUAAUAUGACGGUCUUUGUGGUUUCUCUGUGAGUCUCCAAAACUCCCAAAGCUUUUUACCGAUGACCUCAUCCUUUUUUCCUUGUUCGAAUCCCACAAUUGCAGCUAUUCCCAGAUUGAACAACAAGAUACUCUUAAAUGAUCGUCGAAUAUUUGCUUGCCAAUGCAUCAUGGUUCAAUGGCUGAAUUGUGGGAUUCAUUCCGGAAUAUAAUGCCACUUGUGCCAUAUCCAUAUAGUGCACAACGAUACAUUGCUAACCAAGUCUUUGCACAGUUUCCUCCCCAACACGAUCAACUUUGAACUCCCCUCCACCAGACCCAAUACUAGCCAUAAUGCCACAACUGCUGGUCGAGGUCGCAAGCCUCCAGCGCCCCUCAGACGAGUCACAACCAAGAUUGACACAACCGAAAAACCGAGUCUGUUCAACCAUGACAUCACCCCUCCACAAACACCGACCAAAGAUGUUGACUACCACGAAUUCUUUGCCCAGAAGGAUGCAAUCGAGACACGCACCCAUUUCCCCAAGCCAGACGGCCCACGAUCCAUAAUUGCACCCAGCGAUCCGCAUUCGCCGGCGUGGGGAACCGGAAGACUUUUUACCCAACCUCUUUCGCGCGCAAGCUCCCCACCACCAGCAGACUUGCUCAAACACGCAAAGAUUGCCGAGAAAGCUGCGGCUUUGGGUAGAGCGGGAAUUCGUCAACCACAACUUGGUGGAAGAAGUGAUAGCCAUGACCGUGUAUUUACCCACGCUCCAUGGACCGUGGUCCCUGCAGAUCAGGGAAAUGGGGGCCUUCGAAAUGCGGUACAAGCUGCAGUUCGUAAUGGAAAUCUGAAUGACAAGAUCUGGGUCGGUACACUAGGUAUGCCUACAGAUGUUCUUGAGGAUACACGGCAGAAGCAGGACAUUGAAGACCGAUUGGCUACGGAAUACGAUUCCCUGACGGUAUUCUGCAAGGAUAGUGAUUUCGAUGGACAUUACACGCAUUAUUGCAAACAAAUUCUUUGGCCAGUUUUCCACUACCAAAUUCCAGAUAACCCCAAGAGCAAAGCCUACGAGGACCAUUCUUGGGUGUUUUAUGUCAAGAUCAACCAGGCUUUCGCUGACAAAAUCAUCAAGAAUUGGAAGCGUGGAGAUGUCAUUUGGAUUCAUGACUACCAUUUGCUCCUGGUCCCAGCAAUGAUUCGAAAGAAGCUUCCAGAUGCUAAAAUCGGUUUCUUCCUGCAUGUGGCAUUUCCAUCUUCGGAGGUUUUCCGAUGCUUGGCAGUUCGUAGAGAGCUAUUGGAAGGUAUGUUGGGUGCCAAUCUGAUUGGUUUCCAAAUUCAUGAGUAUGCGCGACACUUCCUGCAGACAUGCAGCAGACUGUUGUGUGUCGAGGCAACCAAUGAUGGUGUCCAAUUGGAAGACCGUUUUGUGGAUGUUGUCAACCUUGCUAUCGGUAUCGACCCAGUCGCACUGGAUAUGAAUCGUGCGGAUCCAGAUGUUACAGAAUGGUUGAACACCAUGCAGGACCGGUACCGCGGCAAAAAGUUGAUUGUUGCUCGAGACAAACUAGACUAUGUUCGUGGAGUUCGACAAAAACUUUUGGCAUACGAACUGUUCUUGAACAAAUACCCGGAAUGGCGAGACCGCGUGGUUAUGAUUCAAGUAGCAACAUCCACCACCGACCAAGCAGAACUCGAUGCGACCGUAUCCGAUAUUGUGACGAGAGUCAACUCAUCAUGGGCAAACUUGGCUUACCAACCUCUUGUGUACCUCAAACAAGAUAUCAGUUACCCGCAAUAUUUGGCUCUGCUUACAGUUGCCGAUGCUUUGAUGAUUGCUAGUCAACGCGAAGGUAUGAAUCUGACGUGUCAUGAAUACCUCUUCUGUCAAGAUGGAAAGUUUGAAGGGCACAACAAAUUUGGGUCACUCAUUCUCAGCGAGUUUACUGGAAGUGCAUCCGUAUUUGGAGGCCAUGAGCUGUCGGUCAAUCCUUGGGAUUAUCGACAGUGUGCUGAGGCAAUCAAGACCGCGUUAGAAAUGGGCGACGACGAGAAGAAGCUUCGUUGGGGAAAACUCUACGAAGCUGUCAUGCAUCACACAGCCGAGUACUGGUUUACCAUGUUCCUCACGAGACUUGACAAGGUCUAUGAUGAGCAACAUCGUCGUGAUACAACUUCAGUUCCUCGACUCUCAACUAGCGCCUUGACCCAAUCAUACCAGAAAUCCAAUAAGCGACUUUUCAUUCUUGAUUAUGAGGGAACUCUGGCUUCUUGGGGCUCGCCACAUGAUAUCAUUCUCACAAGUCCUCAGGUAAGUUUGGUUUCCACAUAAUAAGUAAAUACUCACUAUUUAGCGCACUCUUGACGUGCUCAAUGAUGUGCUUGCCGAUGAACGAAAUACCGUUUAUGUCAUGUCUGGCCGUCAACCAGAAGAACUCGAUAGACUGUUCAAGCGUGCUCCCAACCUCGGUCUCAUCGCUGAGAAUGGUUGCUUCCUUAAGGAAGCUGGAUCAUCUAACUGGGCCGAGAUGGCUGACCCGGAAGCUAUGCAUGCUUGGCAGGGAUCUGUCGAGGGUAUUAUGCAAUAUUACCAUGAACGCACUCCUGGUUCAUGGAUUGAACGCCGCCACUGUAGCUUAAUCUUUCACUACAAGAGCUGUGAAGAUCAAGAGAGUGCAAGUCGUCAAGCAGGUGACUGCGCGAGUCACAUCAAUGAUGCUUGCGAACAACAAAGAGUAAAGGCCAUCCCAGCAGAAGGUAAAUCACACAUCUCCUCUCUUAAUAUCACCGACUAACAAGCCACCCCAGAUUGCGUAAUUGUAGCCCCAAUAGACUGGUCCAAGGCCACAGCAGCAAUGCAGAUCUUCCAAGGACUAGAAAAAACCAUGGGCCCUAUUAGCGAAUCCAAUCCCUCUCCUGUCGACUUCCUUACCGUCAUCGGUGAUGGUCGAGAUGACGAGGUUAUCUUCCGCUGGGCUAAUGAUCUCCAGAGAGAUAAGAAAGUUCAACAUGUGACCACAGUUAGCUUAGGAAGUCGAAAUACUGAGGCUGGAUAUACCCUUACUCAGGGCGUUACUGGUAUGUCUCCCCUUCCCUUCCCUGUCAUCGAUUUGUGCGGCUGUGCUAAUUGAAUUGUAGGUGUCUUGACUGUCCUGCAAAAACUUGGACAACUUGCUUGAUUGAUUCUUUUCGCAAGUUCGUUUUUGGUUGGUGGGUUGCAUUUAUAUGCAACAUGAGAGUUAUACCCGAGACUCGAAGAUGUGAAGUAAAAAAUGGCCCCAGAACAAGCCCUAGUCUCCACUCCACCUCUACUUUACACAAAUACCAGUGCUCUCCUCUCGAUGACAAGGAAAAAUCUAUUUUUUCUGGAAGGAGUUUUUGUUUCCCGAUAGGCAUACACAAGGAAAGGCGUUCUUGGGGAUCCGAUUUCCUUAUCGUUGUUUUGUUCUUUUUUUUCUUCUCUUUGGCGAUGGAGUUUUACGCUGAUUGGAAGGGUGGGAAAUGACGGUACCUAUUCCAUAUUUUUCCUUGCGAGACAGGAAAUGAAAUGGUGAUAGUGGAUAGCUUAGUGAUGAACUCCUUUUUUGAAUGUCUGAUAGGGAUGGGAUGGUGAUGAAUAAGGAUGCGUGAUGGUGGGGUUGAGAUAGUUUUUGGCAUUGUGAUUGUGAUUGGAAUUGGGAUUGGGGUGGGAAAGGAUGAGUAUACGUAGGUAAAUGAAUAGGUAGGUAGGGACCUUGAAGAAUUCUUAGAUACUAUACCUCUGUUGUUUCUUUUUUCGAGUUGAGAUUUGGGUUAAGGAUAGGGGUAGUAUGAAUAUAUAGAGACACACACAGAGAGAGAUAUACAUAAAAUCAUUCAAG